AUGGCAAAAGGUGAUAAAGAGUUAGAAAAACCUAUUGUGAACAAUGAAUUACCAAAUCCGGAGUGUCGUAGUACCGAUAAUGAAGACUCAGAAUCCACACAAGAGCAACCUUUGGAUAUCGGAGAGCAUUAUUUAGUGCGGCGUUCCGAUGAGUCAUGGCACCCGGCUGAGAUUAUACAGACGCGGUACAACGCCGCGGAAUCGUGUUAUGAAUAUUAUGUACAUUAUGUCGGCUACGAUAGAAGGCUCGACGAAUGGGUUUCCCGCCACCGGGUUAUGUCUGAUAGAUUUGACGUCUGCGAAAAUUCUAAUAACAACAUAAACUCGGAUCAUUUGCUCACCGACAAGUCGGGCCGCAAAAUAACACGCAAUCAGAAACGUAAACAUGAUGAAAUCAAUCAUGUUCAGAAGUCCUACGCCGAGAUGGAUCCGACGACGGCGGCUCUGGAGAAGGAACACGAAGCUAUUACCAAAGUUAAAUACAUCGAUAGGAUACAGAUAGGGAAAUACGAGAUCGACACUUGGUACUUCAGCCCUUAUCCCGAUGAAUACGGUAAACAGUCGAAGCUAUGGAUUUGUGAAUACUGUUUGAAAUACAUGCGUAUGGAGAAAACCUAUAGAUACCAUCUGAGCGAAUGCACGGCGAGGCAGCCCCAGGGAAGCGAAAUAUACAGGAAAGGCACCAUAGCCAUCUUUGAAGCGGACGGGAAAGAGCAUAAAAUAUAUUGUCAGAACUUAUGUUUACUGGCAAAACUGUUUUUAGACCACAAAACUCUUUAUUUUGAUAUCGAGCAGUUUCUAUUUUACAUCCUAUGCGAGGUUGAUAAGCAUGGGGCGCAUCUUGUUGGAUACUUUUCAAAAGAAAAGGACUCUCCUGAAGGCAAUAAUGUUGCUUGUAUACUAACAUUACCACCUUACCAAAGACAGGGUUAUGGUAAGUUGCUCAUUGCUUUCAGCUACGAACUAUCGAGAUUAGAGCAAGUAGUUGGCAGCCCUGAAAAGCCUUUAUCAGACUUGGGGAAGCUCAGUUACAGAUCUUAUUGGUCAUAUGUAUUAUUGGAGGUUUUGAGUGCGAGUCGUGGUACACUUAGUAUCAAGGAUUUGAGUCAAAUGACUGGGAUAUCACAAACUGAUAUAAUAUCUACAUUACAAUCAAUGAACAUGGUCAAAUAUUGGAAGGGGCAGCAUGUGAUCUGUGUCACACCAAAGAUAGUUGCCGAACAGCUAGCGAGUUCUCAUUUCAAGAAGCCUCGGUUAUGUGUCGACCCCUCGGCAUUGAGAUGGACGCCUCCUAAUAAGCAAGGGAAUGCGGCCAAAGCUAAAAAGUAG